GGGUUAAGGGUAUCGUCUUAAAGAGCCGGAUCCUCCCGGCUGGAGCGAGGCUGGAUGGCGGGGCGCAGCCUCUCAGCCUCUCGCACCCGCCCUGCGUCCGCAGUGGUUGUUGGCGCAGCCGCCCCGUCGGUGUUCCGGGCUCAGUCCCCGCUCCCCAGCGCCAGACGCAGACUCCGGGCCAAGUUCUCCCUCCGCUCGCUGCUUUCUGCCCCAGGACCCGGAUCAAUAAAGGGAAGGAGAGCCGGGAGGAAAUGAUGGAGAACAGAGAGAAAGGAGAUGCUUGAUUUCACUCGCCAAGGAGUGAGUGCUCAUCGGCAGACACUGGGCGCUGGCCACGCGUCUUAGACUCCAAAUCUCGGCUCACUGGUCCCUUUGGGGAGGUCGCCUGGUGUUCCCGUAGCCCUCCACCCCACCAUAGGAGAGCGCCUGCCACGAGCUCCGCGCCUCGCUAAGUGCUUUGCUACGUGAACUCUUAGUUUUCCCAACAUCCCUAAGCCGCCGAUACAUUAUCACCCACGUACUGCGGACGAGAGAACCGCCUCGGAGAAGCUGGCUGGCUCGCUUGGAGUUUUGCAGCUAGUGGCGGAGCGAGCAUUCCGAGAAGGUACUGUGCGAUCCUCCAGCGCCGGCCGCAGCUCACAGCCCCUUAGCUCCGCCGGGUUAUUGUGCGGCCGCGCCUUCUGCACCUGUUGCGGCCCUCGCUAGGCGGGAAGGGAGGGAGAAGAGAAGGACAAAGGGGAUGACCAGGUGGCUCUCCCCCGACGGACUCCCGGCCCAGGGAGCGGAUAGACCACUCCCAGAGAGUGUGUGGCUUUGCGCCUUGGAGAGGAUGCUCUCCUUCUCCAGGGAUCGCGUCCCCAGCGGACGCAGGGUUUCAGGGAAAUGUCCGCCUCCGCCACUUGGGAUGGCAGUGGGGAGAGGAGGAUCUGGGUGUCCGGAGGAGGGCAGUGGGAGAAAGCUGGAGCUGCUGGAGUCGCAGCUGCCUGCGGAGCGGGCCCGGGAGGAAGCGGGGCCGAGCGUGCGGCGUCCACGCGAUAAGCUCCACAAACCCAAAGCUACACAGACUGAGGUCAAACCAUCUGUGAGGUUUAACCUCCGCACCUCCAAGGACCCAGAGCAUGAAGGAUGCUACCUCUCCGUCGGCCACAGCCAGCCCUUAGAAGACUGCAGUUUCAACAUGACAGCUAAAACCUUUUUCAUCAUUCACGGAUGGACGAUGAGCGGUAUCUUUGAAAACUGGCUGCACAAACUCGUGUCAGCCCUGCACACAAGAGAGAAAGACGCCAAUGUAGUUGUGGUUGACUGGCUCCCCCUGGCCCACCAGCUUUACACGGAUGCGGUCAAUAAUACCAGGGUGGUGGGACACAGCAUUGCCAGGAUGCUCGACUGGCUGCAGGAGAAGGACGAUUUUUCUCUCGGGAAUGUCCACUUGAUUGGCUACAGCCUCGGAGCACAUGUGGCCGGGUAUGCGGGCAACUUCGUGAAAGGAACGGUGGGCCGAAUCACAGGUUUGGAUCCUGCCGGGCCCAUGUUUGAAGGGGCCGACAUCCACAAGAGGCUCUCUCCGGACGAUGCAGAUUUUGUGGAUGUCCUCCACACCUACACGCGUUCCUUCGGCUUGAGCAUUGGUAUUCAGAUGCCUGUGGGCCACAUUGACAUCUACCCCAAUGGGGGUGACUUCCAGCCAGGCUGUGGACUCAACGAUGUCUUGGGAUCAAUUGCAUAUGGAACAAUCACAGAGGUGGUAAAAUGUGAGCAUGAGCGAGCCGUCCACCUCUUUGUUGACUCUCUGGUGAAUCAGGACAAGCCGAGUUUUGCCUUCCAGUGCACUGACUCCAAUCGCUUCAAAAAGGGGAUCUGUCUGAGCUGCCGCAAGAACCGUUGUAAUAGCAUUGGCUACAAUGCCAAGAAAAUGAGGAACAAGAGGAACAGCAAAAUGUACCUAAAAACCCGGGCAGGCAUGCCUUUCAGAGUUUACCAUUAUCAGAUGAAAAUCCAUGUCUUCAGUUACAAGAACAUGGGAGAAAUUGAGCCCACCUUUUACGUCACCCUUUAUGGCACUAAUGCAGAUUCCCAGACUCUGCCACUGGAAAUAGUGGAGCGGAUCGAGCAGAAUGCCACCAACACCUUCCUGGUCUACACCGAGGAGGACUUGGGAGACCUCUUGAAGAUCCAGCUCACCUGGGAGGGGGCCUCUCAGUCUUGGUAUAACCUGUGGAAGGAGUUUCGCAGCUACCUGUCUCAACCCCGCAACCCCGGACGGGAGCUGAAUAUCAGGCGCAUCCGGGUGAAGUCUGGGGAAACCCAGCGGAAACUGACAUUUUGUGCAGAAGACCCUGAGAACACCAGCAUAUCCCCAGGCCGGGAGCUCUGGUUUCGCAAGUGUCGGGAUGGCUGGAGGAUGAAAAACGAAACCAGUCCCACCGUAGAGCUUCCCUGAGGGUGCCCGGGCAAGUCUUGCCAGCAAGGCAGCAAGACUUCCUGCUAUCCAAGCCCAUGGAGGAAAGUUACUGCUGAGGACCCACCCGAUGGAAGGAUUCUUCUCAGCCUUGACCCUGGAGCACUGGGAACAACUGGUCUCCUGUGAUGGCUGGGACUCCUCGCGGGAGGGGACUGCGCUGCUAUAGCUCUUGCUGCCUCUCUUGAAUAGCUCUAACUCCAAACCUCUGUCCGCACCUCCAGAGCACCAAGUCCAGAUUUGUGUGUAAGCAGCUGGGUGCCCGGGGCCUCUCAUGCACACUGGAUUGGUUUCUCAGUUGCUGGGUGAGCCUGUACUCUGCCUGACGAGGAACGCUGGCUCCGAAGAGGCCCUGUGUAGAAGGCUGUCAGCUGCUCAGCCUGCUUUGAGCCUCAGUGAGAAGUCCUUCCGACAAGAGCUGACUCAUGUCAGGAUGGCAGGCCUGGUAUCUUGCUCGGGCCCUGACUGUUGGGGUUCUCAUGGGUUGCACUGACCAUACUUCUUACGUCUUAGCCAUUCCGUCCUGCUCCCCAGCUCGCUCUCUGAAGCACACAUCAUUGGCUUUCCUAUUUUUCUGUUCAUUUUUUAAUUGAGCAAAUGUCUAUUGAACACUUAAAAUUAAUUAGAAUGUGGCAAUGGACAUAUUACUGAGCCUCUCCAUUUGGAACCCAGUGGAGUUGGGAUUUCUAGACCCUCUUUCUGUUUGGAUGGUGUAUGUGUAUAUGCAUGGGGAAAGGCACCUGGGGCCUGGGGGAGGCUAUAGGAUAUAAGCAUCAGGGACCCUGAGGCUUUAAGUGGUUUCUAUUUCUUCUUAUUAUGUGCCACCUUCUUAGUUAUUAUGUGCCACCUCCCCUAUGAGUGACAUGUUUGAUCACUAGCAGAAUAGCAAGCAGAUUAUCAUUCAUGCUGGGGCCAGAAUGAUGGCCGGUUGCCAGAUAUAACUGCUUUGGAGCAAAUCUCUUCUGUUUAGGGAGAUAGAAGUUAUGACAUAUGUAAUACACAUCUGUGUACACAGAAACCGGCACCUGCCAGACAGAGCUGGUUCUAAGAUUUAAUACAGUGCUUUUUUUCCUCUUUGAAAUAUUUUACUUUAAUACCAGUGCCUUUUCUUGUUGAACUUCUUGGAAAAGCCACAAAUUCUAGAUCUUGAUUUGAAUUAAUACAAUAUCUGAGACACUUAUACUUUUCAAAAGAUUUGUGUAUGCAUUACCUAAUUAGAGUAGGGGGAGAAGGGCAACUAUUAUUAUCCCUAUUUUACAAAACUGAGGCUUAGUGAGGUUCAGCCACAUGCCUAGACUUAUAUACUAGUUAGUGGUGCAGCCAGGGAGAGGACUCAGAUUUCCUGGAGGCAAAGUCUAUCUCUGAAACUCCAUGAAGACUUUUGCAGCCAGUUCCCACCAAUAUGCCCCAGACGUGAGACAAACAAGGACUUUUUUUUUUUAUAGAGCCAUCCAUAAAAUCCUAAGCCCUUUUAUUAAUGUAUAACCAGGAGAACAUCUGUGCCAACGGUUGGACUUUUUAUGGCUGAGAUUUGGGAGGAAGUGUAACACCAAGCAGGAGAGGAAGAAUGAUUUUCUUUGUACUUAGGUUUUCUAAGGACAUUGUUUUAAUCUGUAUCGUGCCAAAGUUGUAUCACUGCUAAACUUCUGAAGACAUAACCAGUUGAGUCUUAAUUCAAGAUAUGUUCUCAAGCCAAUUGUGUGCUUCUUUUGUUUCUGUGAUUGCUUUCUAGCCAAAGCGAAGCUUGUACAGGUUGAGUAUCCCUUAUCCAAAAUGCUUGGAACCAGAAGUGUUUCAAAUUUUAGAUUACUUUCAGAUUUUGGAAUAUUUGCAUAUACAUAAUGAGAUAUUUUGGAAAUAGGACCCGAGCCUAAACGCAAAAUUCAUUGAUGUGUCAGUUACACCUUAUCCACAUAGCCUAAGGGUAAUUUUAUACGAUAUUUUAAAUAGUUGUGUACAUGAAGCAUGGUUUGUGGUAACUUAUGUGAGGGGUUUUCCCAUUUGUUGUCUUGUUGGUGCUCAAAAAGUUUUGGAUUUUGGAGCAUUUCGGAUUUUGGAUUUUUGGAUUAGGGUUGCUCAACCCAUAUUAUUGGCUGUACAUCCUGGUCACUUCUGACUUCUGUUUUUACUAAUGGAAGCUUUGCGAAUUGAAUUCUCAGUGGGUUGUAUAUUUAUACACCUGGCUUGAAGCCUUAAUUGUAUAUAAUGAUGCUUUUUAAAAAAUGCUAUUUGGAAGACUAUUUAUUUCUCGUGUAUAUAAUGUAUAAAAACAAAUAUAUGGUUAGUGUUUACCUAAGGUUAACCAAUUUGAAGAUUACAAUUUUUAAAUAGUAAAAUAAUAAAAAAUUAUAAAGUUCUUAA